AUGACUGUAUCGUCACAAGAAGAAUCACUACAAGCGUUUGUGAUAUUACUCGACUAUGUAUUGAAACUCGAGUUGCAUAUUUUGAAUUUCACCAUUGAGAUUUCAUCCUACAUUCAAAAUCAAUCCAUUUUUAGAACGCGGAAUCUUAAUUUUCUAGAUCUCAGUACUAAAGACCUUGAAGCUUUAAACGAUACUGUGAGUUUAAUUACAAAGUAUAGAGAUCAGAUUAGCAAGUCGCAUUUCUUACACCAUAAUUUGGAGGUCCAUAAUCAAGCUUUAGAGGAUGUUAUUGAAAAGAUUAUUUUACUUGAGAGACAAAUUCGUAACGUUUAUCAAUGUUCUUGUCCUUUAAAGAAACUGUUAAUCAACCAUUUCAUUUUAAAGCAGUCAAUUGACAAGACAAUAAAUUUGUUAAUCACACAACAUCGAGAGUUGCAAAAGAUAACAUCGUUAAGUUACGAAAUUGCUGAGCAUAAGAUUGCCGAGUUAUCGUCAUAUUCUUACCCAGUGCUGGAUCAAGUCAUGGCUCAAUAUCUACACAUUACAGAAACCAUAACAGCAAAGUAUCCUUUUAGUCAAGACUUUACGAUUUUUGGUUUGUAUAUGGAGAAAACUACAAUCAUUAUUGAUACAAAUCGGACAAAGUAUAACAAUUUACAAAACUCAAUUUUACAAAGAAUAUUGGCAGACGAGGGGGACUCUAGUUCUAAUUCAUUCACCGAUCAAGAGAUUAAAAUUAUAGAUUUGAUGGAGUAUUUAACUGCUCAUCUUGACUUUAUUCCCCAUGUUUUAAAAGUACUUGGCCAAUUUCAGAGAAUUAUUCACGAAACUCAAUUACUACUGCAAGCAAAGGAAAAGCUGUUGCAAGAGUCACUCUCUCAUUUACAAUUAUCAGAGCACCACCAGCAACAACAGCAACAACAACAACAACAGCAACAACAACAACAACAACGGGAUACAAAUACAACAUCUGCAAAGUUUUUACGGGAAAUUGACCACUUUGUGGAUCAGGUUGUCGCGGGAGGAACCAUUGGAUUAUCUAAAGUUCAAUGUUACAAGUCUACGAUCCAAUUUUUGCGUAUAUGCGCAGAAAAAAUGGGUCAAGAGAUAAGCAGCAUCAAGAAUAAUUUUCGUGAUAUCCCAACAUAUGCAAGAACUGAUUUUAUAAAGUCAUUUGAUGUUUUUGCUUUAUAUCGUGACUGUCUUUCAGAAUUUUCGAAUUUUCUCACUGAUAUAACUAGAGGUGAUACAAACUCUCACAAGAUAAUAGAUACUAUGCGGGUAGAGUUUGAAGAGUUAGACGAGGCAUUGAAAGGGGCAUACUUUCAAGUAUUGGAGCAAAUUCCAAUUUUAAAUUUGGAAGAAAAAAUUGUGCGUUCCAUAAUGCAAAAAGUUUGA